AUGUCCCUCCAAACCCCCCGCAUCCUGCCCGCCCACCUGAACACCUUCCACCCGUCCAGCUCGGGCCCACGCUCAACACACACUAUCCGCAUCCUGGGCACAGUGACCAAUCUCCGCGGUGACCAAGCUACGAUUACAUGCGGCAACAAUGGUGAUGUCACGCUUCUCCUAAAACCGGACUCGCAUCUGCAGAUGGGCAAGCUUGUGGAGGUUGUCGGGAAGGUGACCGAUUUGGACGGUGGCCAGGGUCUUGGAAUUCGGGUAUUGGGCACAACGGACUGGGGUAACCCUGCGGAUUGCGACUACAAAAUCUACGAACAGGUCGUCGAGGCUACCCACCGCUUUAAGUCUAUUUUCUACGACGCCGAGUAA